CAGAGCCGAAUCGGAUGGAAGGAAGGCAGCCAGGCAGGCCCCGCUGCCCGACUGACCGUCCUCACAGUCUGUUGUACCUUUACUCCGGUCUGCGCGUUCUUCAGGAACGUACGUGCCGUUCUCCCAACCGCGCGAUUCCGCCUCGCCAAGGCAGACGUCAACCGUGGCCGGUGCAACGUGCAUAUAUCCUGUCUCUUCGAUCUUCGAAACGAGUAGCUAAGAAAAGAAAGAAGAAAAAAAAAAGGAAAGAAACGAAAAAUAUCAGUGAUAUGGCCCAGUUGAUCAACGUCAAACUAUCCAGAUUCGACGGAUCCCCCUGGGGUUUUCGUCUUCAGGGAGGGAAGGAUUUCGGCACACCGCUCGUCGUGCAAAAGGUGAAUACCGGAUCACCGGCGGAAGCGGCCGGUCUGAAGGCCGGCGAUGCAGUAAUCAGGGUGAAUAACACGGAGAUGUACAAUCUGAGGCACAAGGACGCGCAGGACGUUAUCGUGAGAGCCGGGAACAACUUCGAGUUGACCGUACAGAGAGGUGGAGGUACCUGGAAACCGCACGUGUCUCCGAUAAGCUCUACCCUGCCCUCGCCGUCCCCUACCAGCGGAUUGUGCAAUAUAGCUCCAGUUACGAAAACAUCGCUGGCGGCCAAGAAACAAGAUGGGCCGCUCAUAGGGAGCGGUCACAAUUUCAGCCCGAAACCAUUCCUUAAUGGAACGGGAGACGGUUCGAUCAAAUCGAUCGUUAACAAACAGUACAACAGCCCAGUAGGUAUCUACAGCGAGGAGACCAUAGCGGAAACUCUUUCCGCGCAAGCGGAAGUUCUAGCCGGCGGUGUGCUCGGAGUGAAUUUCAAGAAGAACGAGAAGAAUUACAAUGCCGAGAACAGCGAGGUAUUCAAAAUGGUUCAGGAAGCUGACAAAGAGCCAAAGACACCGGAACCUGUUUCUUCGAGAACAGAGUUUUACUCGUCGGUGAGCCACGCCGUUGGCGGAAGAGCCACUUCGCCGAGAUCACCCACGCCUCUCUUUCAUGCACUCCAUGGUAGUAGGAGUCCAGCCGUCAAUUUCAAUGAAAGUCCGUCGUCGAAACAUCAAGUGCAACGACAGGAGUCCUCCUCUUCUUCCCCCUCGGGAUCAUCGGGUGUUCGUUGUAACAACUGCGACCGAGUGAUCGUAGGUGUCUUCGUAAGAAUCAAGGACAAGAAUCUUCACGUGGAGUGUUUCAAAUGCUCCACUUGCGGCACUUCCUUGAAAAACGUCGGCUACUAUAAUAUCAACAACAAAUUGUAUUGCGACAUACACGCGAAAUUGGUCGCCAGGCAAAAUGCACCUGCUGGCAUGGUUCCAAUCACUAUACCACCGGGCGGUAAUAAGGCUCCUGCGAGCACCAUUUCCGCCGCUCUCGCGCAUGCUCCAUUAUCUCCACCCUUGAGCAAUCACGCAUCGUCGCCCCAACCGUUCUCCGCUUGCAAUCGUUCGAGUCCCGAUUACUUCGGAUCCCCGAAUUCUCAGCUAUCGCCCCUCGAUAAGAACGGAUACAUCAGCAACGGCAACUGCAACUGGGAAUCGAAAACGUUUACGAGCACGAUCACCAUUCAGACGGGUUGCACAGAGCCCACCCGCCUUGGCACUACGCCCGUCGAUCCACCCAGUUUCCGAUCAGUCCAGGCUCCAACGUCGAACAAUUUAAUUGGUCCUAAACCGUUUGGAUCGUCCAAUAUAUCGUCCCCUCCACUAGCGAGCACAGGAAGUAGCACUCUGCCACGACCCCAGAGUCAGACUGUGACCGAAAACUCGAUCGAGACAAGCCACGAGGAAAAAUCCUAUUAUUACGAGAUCGUGGAGGAUACGAAAACCGAGUGCCGUCCAACCUCGUCCGUGAAAUCGAAAAGUCUCUCCUGGCCACCCCGAAAACCGAUCGAGGAUAUCACCUAUCCGACCGCGAGUCCUUUGUACAUCGAUCCCAAUCCGGCCCUCGAUCGAAGGAGUAGACAGGCGGUGAGGGAGAAGAAGGCUUGCAUCGAGGCCUGCGAAAGGGCACUGACCAGGAAGAGGGGGGAGAGCACGGAUCGCGAGGUGGAGAGCGCCAUGGAUCGGGUCAGUUGUCCGGGGCCAACUUACAGGAGGGUCGAGCUGGUCGAGGCAACGGGGAGGCAGUCGAGGAGCGAGAUAACCUCGAGGCCCAGCUCGACCGACAGCGUGAGGAGAUCCUUGACGCCGACCAGGAUCGUUCAACCGGUGCCGAAACCGUGGACGGCAACGGUCACGACCGGCGCCAAUCUCUACGAGCAGAGUUACGGGAUCGAGCCGCCGAGAGUGUGCAAGAAGUACCAUCAAAAGGAGAUAUGCCAAAGGGAGCGUAUAUGCGAGAGGAACCAACCGUUCCGGGAGGAGCACCGCUCGUAUCGAUCCGAGAUCUGUAGACGGGAGGAGACGAUUUGCGAGAAGCCGCCGCUGCCCAGCCAACGCGUCGCGACGACUAGGCAGGAGGAAGCGAGGGAGGAGAUCACGGAGAUCGACAAGGAGGUGACGGAUUUGAGGCCGGCGGACGAGAUCGAGGAGGAAGGUGUCGGAGGAGGAGGGAUCAAGGGGGAGCACGACUUCGUAACGGAGACGUCGGAGGAAGACGUGGAUGGGAUGCACGUGAAGAAGAAAAUGACGUUCGAGAAGACUGUUGAGAGAAUCCCGUCUCCCGCGCGCCCGAGCUCCCCUGUGGUCGUGGAGGGGAGAAGGGAGGAGGAAAGGGAGGAGGAAAGGGAGGAGACGGUGGAGGAGAAGUCGGAGGAAAUUUACGAGAGGAAAAGGUCGACUCACGUGGACAGACAAGUGGAGGAGACGGAGGAGAGGACGGUGGUAGAAUCAGCGGAGGUGGUCACCUCUGCGGUGGACGUGCAACAGAUGGUGGAGAAAGCGAAGCGGGAGGAAGAGGAGAGGAAGCGGGAGGAGGAGGAGGAGGAGAGGCGGAAGGAGGAGGAGGAGGAGCGGAGAAGGAAGCAAAGGGAGGAGGAGGAGAAGGAACGAAGAAGGCGCGAGGAGGAGGAGCGUAGGAGACGGGAGGAAGAAGAGGAAGAACGGAGCAGGCGCGUGACUUUUGAGGCAGGGGAGGAGGUGGAGGAAGUUCGGGAACAACCUCUGGGAAGAACGGUGGUCCGCGAGGAAAGGGUGACGGAAGAGGAGAGCGACACCCCCGGGAAGAAGAAACUCGUGAAAGAGACCUACGAGGAGAUCACGGAAGAGGUGUUGGUUCAAGAGCGCGUAAGAAGAAAGGGGAUCGAAGAGGAUCGGAAGAAGAGCCUGAGGGAGCAGGUGCAGGUCCAUCAAAGUUUGAGGGAUCAACAAGCACCCAAGGAUAGACGCGUGUGCUCCAAGUAUCCCCCGGCUCAGGAGAUCAUGGAGACUAAUAAAAAACGCGUGCAGUUCGUGAAGCAGACCGACACAGGCCCGAAACCGAUACCGCAUUCCGCCCUUCAGAAUUCCACCCCGAAAGAGUGGAAAUCCGAGAUGGUGAACGCCUUAACGACCGCGCCUGACCGACCUUACACGCCUCUCAGUACAUCUUCGAGCGUGAAGGAAGUGUACACCGAGGAGACGAUAUACCUGGAUCACAGGUGUCGGCCUAAACCACCUCCGAAGGAGGAACUCCGGCCAAUUUCCCCGUUUCAGGAGGCGCUAAUGAUCGCGCCUGAACGGCCGUACACGCCGCUCAGCCGCGAGAUCGGGCCGGACGAUCAGAAAAUCGCGAGCCGUUCUCAGACUCCUGUGCUCCAAGGAGGCGUCCACUGGCCCCCUUCCGAUAUCCUGUUCGGCGAGGGGAAAAUCCGCGCGGAACCACCUCCCAAACCGUCCACCCCUCGGCCUUUGCCCACUCCACCGCCUGAUUAUCGCCUGAGAGACUCUUCCCCCGUGAGAUCGAGGCCGCAGACACCGUGCAGCAAAGCUAUAACGGCCACGUUGAAGAAGCCGGACACUAUCCCCUCUUAUCAGAGAUACUUAGUGGCGACGAGGAAAGACGCGGUGGAGAGCUACACGUACCAACCGAGUAGAACUCCCACGCCAACGCCAGGAAGGUCGAAGUCGCCCGCCCAAGGGCCGCCGGAACCGCCCUCCUGCUUCGUCAAGGCCCACGCGCCAAGAAUAAGGGAGGAUCCUCCGCCUAAGCGAAGCGCCAUACACUUCCCUACCAAGAAAAGCGUUUCCUACAAAAUAGACGAGGACACGGACGACGGGCAUAGGCACGCCGAGUAUGUGGCGAGCAAGACGGUAGAUUUCGACGAGAAACGAACCGACGACCCGGGCCAAGAGCCGACGGACGCGGUCCACGCUCAAUACCAGGAGAAACGAUACAUGACCAGCAAAGAAACGCACGAGCAAAAGCAAUCGGUGACGAAAAAAUCGCUCGAAGUAACGGAAGAUUUUGAGAGAUGCGAGAAAAGAGUUCCGGCUCGACCAUUGCCAGAGCCACGGGAGAAACCGUCUAAGCCAUCCGUCUGCGCGAUCGGUAGAACGAGCCCCUCCAAACCCUCGUUACCUUGCCCCAUGGCUUCGGAAACCAGCGCUCCUCAACCGGUGUACAGCAGCUCGACGGAGGUGCGCCACGUCAGUUACGCGCCUCCCCCGAAAUCGAAACCGUGCCCCGACACCGGCGUAACCGUGUUGCCGUGCAAAGCUCACUCCGACCAAGGCACGAAAGCAGGGGUGGUGGUGGUACCUUGCGAAGGGCCGAUUCCUUGCUGCGAAAAAUCAGGGGUGUGCGUGGUCCCAACCUCGGACCGGUCGGGAGUCUGCGUCUCCCCGUGCUUCGGGAUGAAAACGGGGACCUGCGGCCAACCGUCCGGCCGUUGCGGCAAAGAGGAGCCAGCCUGCGACAUCGAGAUCCCUCCCAAUUGCCCCGAGUCUGGAAUCUGCGUAUCCCCGUGCCCCGAUGGCUCGGUCUGCGUGGCUCCUUGCACCAAGCCCGGUUUACCUCCUUCGAGGGCGAAGAAACUUCCCUUCCCUCAGAUACCUUUCCCCUACGACGACCCCCCCCCACCUUGCUCUCAAAGUAGAAAUUCCUUCGAGCCUAUUCACAAGCCUCGCACUAAUUUGAGCGGGCAGCUAGCGCGGCUCACUUGCAAAACCGGGAGAACCGGCCAGAACGUUCCCACCAUCCAAUUGUACAAGCCCGAAGCUCAACAAUGCGAAAAAGCUCGAAGCUGCAGCGAGACAAAGAGCUAUUGCUGUAAAAGCUAUUGUUCCUCCACCGAAACCCGUUGCCAAUCGAACGGUCAAUGUUCGACCACCACCAGUAAUCAAUGUGAGACCCAAAAUUACUGUCAGGACGGUAUCCAUUGUGAACCCUCUAGUAAUACCCAAAGUUUAGUAGACCCACCAAAUUUGUCAUCCCACCCGGAUCUAGGUACCGGAGUCGGUGGUCUCGGUGGUGCCGGGUCGAAGAGCGGAACUUUCGCUGGUAGCAGCGCGCCAAAGCGAGGAAGGGGGAUCCUAAACCAAGCAACUGGACCGGGAUCACGAUUGCCCCUCUGCGCCCAUUGCAACUCUUACGUCAGGGGACCAUUCAUCACGGCUCUGGGACAGAUUUGGUGCCCCGAUCACUUUGUCUGCGUGAAUACGCAAUGUCGUCGACCAUUACAAGAUAUAGGAUUCGUAGAAGAGAAGGGACAACUCUACUGCGAAUAUUGUUUCGAACGUUUCAUCGCGCCAAGCUGCAACAAAUGCAACAACAAAAUCAAAGGCGAUUGUCUAAACGCAAUUGGAAAGCAUUUCCACCCUGAAUGCUUCAAAUGUUCCUAUUGCGGCAAACUCUUUGGUAACAGCCCGUUCUUCCUCGAAGAAGGAUUGCCCUACUGUGAAGCAGAUUGGAACGAGUUAUUCACGACAAAAUGUUUCGCGUGUGGAUUCCCAGUCGAAGCUGGAGAUCGUUGGGUGGAGGCCCUGAACAAUAAUUACCACAGCCAGUGUUUCAACUGCACGAUGUGCAAGAAGAAUCUCGAAGGCCAAAGUUUUUACGCGAAGGGUGGUCGUCCAUUCUGCAAAAACCAUGCACGUUAAUGCACGAUUCUUUAUGAAUAUAUUAACGCAAAAAAAGAAAAGAAAAGGGAAAUAGAGGAGGAGAGGGGAGGGGAGGCUAUUUGAAGGAAGAAUAGGUUGGAAAGUGGAAAAAAAAAAAGAAAAGAAAAAAAAAAAUUACAGAGGAAAUCGCGUUAUCUUAGCUUUAUAAUGAGCACGAAUUUUUGUCUGCAUAAAUUAUAUUUUAUCGAGAUUAUUAUUAUUUUUUUUUUGUUCUUCUUAUAAUUGUUUUCGGUCGACGACAAUUAACACGAUCGUAAAAAAGAAAAAAAAAAAAAAGAAAAAAAGGAAAAAAAAACGAAUCGGUGUUAAAAACAACUUUUAACGCCAAAUAAUUAUAGGACGAUUUACGAGUAUAUAAAUAUUUAUUUACGAAUACGAAUACGUUAAUUAAAUGCGAACUAAUUGCACAUCAAUUAUAA